AUGGCUCUCCGUUGGAUCCCAUGGCUCUGUGCUGUGUGCAUUUUGCAACCUGUGCUGUGCAGUAAAUUCCACACCCUGCGCGGUGUUUUGGAAGAUCACCACCUGGAACGUGCCAACUUUGCCCGGCGAACGCCAAUGAAAGUGGCACUGGCCUGUGCAGUAGCGACUUCGAUCAUCACUUACUUCCUCUACAAGGUCUACAUUGACAGCAUGCUUCGGCGACGGGAACUGGACGAGGACGAGAUUGAACAGUUAGCCAAGGCAGCCGACAAGAGGGAAGCCGCCAAAAUCAAAAAGGAGCCGCCAACUCCAAUUGAAAAAGUGAAGGAAAGAAAGAGACCUGAGAGAAAAGGAGAAGAUACUGGAUGUUGUUACAAUGGCUUGCUCCGUCUAGGCCGUGGCAAGGCCACGGCAUCCAAGCCAGCCGCGGCCUCGCCGACGGAAGCGACGUCACCGGCACUGAAAAGACCCGACUUUUCGGGAACUUGGAGCUGCGUGAAGGCCGAGGGCGACCUCGAUGGCCUUUACGCGGCCAUGGGCCUGGGGUACUUCGCACGCUGCGCCAUGGAGCGUGCCCAGUGGGGCGCGGGGCAGUUGAGUCGGACCUACGAACAGCAGGGUACCAUGGCCAUGGUGGAUGGCACCCACGUGAAGUUGGUGCAGAGGGCCACAGAAGAAACAACGCAGGAGCAGUCGCCUGGGAAUCUCCAGACGGAGUUUGACAUCACUGGUACUCCCCAGAAGGUCUCUCAGGGUGACGGAGUGGUGAUUCAAACAACCAGCUGGGAUGAACGCGAGGUCGAGGGGAAGGAGUGCUCUUGUUUGAGACAAAGGCAACAACCCAAAUUCGUGGACCACGAGCCGACAGUACCUGAAAGGUGUUGGGAGCCCGUGGGCAUCAAGCAGUUUGGACCUAUCACAGGGGCUGAGCUGACGCAGCCUGACGCACCCGCUGCCGAAAGCGCAGCGAUGGCGCAGGGAAAGGGGCGCUAUGGUACCUGGCGUUACUUCGCCGUGGUGGUGGUGCAUCGUUUGCAGCUGCGCAGUAAGGAGGUGCACUGCUCCCACUUGGCCGCCAAGCAUCACGCACUGCUGCUGGAGAUCAAGCAGGAGAUCGCUGCUGAUCUCUGUGCUCAACGAUUGCGACAGAAGCCGGAUGAGGCCUUGGCUAGUCGCCUCCACCACAAGGUGGCUUCUGUCAUGCAAAAGUUUCAGCUGAAUUCUGAUGAUUUGGGACUCCAAUUUCGAGCAGUGAUUCCCAUCAUCGGCACCGUGCUAUCUGGCCCUGUCUUUCAUCUCAGGAGUUUUCACCUGGGCAUCGCUGGGUGGCAAUUCCUACAGCUUGCCCGUGGCGUUGAGAGACCUUCCAGUGUCGAGGAGGUGUCACAAGCUUGGGACCGGUCCCGCCACGCCUUCUCAGAGCUUUGGGCUGUAGCGGGUCGGUCUCCAGCAGAGUCUGCCAGACGUUUGGACGACUUGGUCUCUUGGUCGAUGCAGUCGAUGCCCACCAGGAAAAGCGACACAGCUUUGAAGAGUUGCAAAAGCGCAGGGCUAUCCAGCAACAGCGGCGACAGGACAAAGGCCGCCGUGCACAAAUGGAGCGACUCCAGCGGCAGCAAGAACGGGACUCAGUGGCAGUCGAGCCAGGAGCGCAUUCAUCAGCUGCUGAUGAUGGUCAUUGGAUUUGGAUGGCCUUUGCAGAGGGAGGAUGUUAUGAGUUUCACGGACAGGGGGAGCUUCCGCUUCUUGACCUUGAUCAAGCCAGUCUUAUGGCUGGUGCCCGAGGUAAAUGCUCCAGAGCAUCGGGUGCCCUUCAAAGAGAAAGUUUGUUGGACCGCGAUCUCCCUCUUCGUCUUCUUGGUUUGUUGCCAGAUCCCUGUGUAUGGCAUCGUCACGUCCAAAAGUGCUGAUCCUUUCUACUGGAUGCGAGUGAUCCUGGCCUCCAAUCGAGGAACCUUGAUGGAGUUGGGCAUUUCCCCCAUCGUCACCUCAGGAUGGAUCAUGCAGCUACUGGCAGGAUCGCGCAUCAUUGAGGUGGACCAGAGCCUCAAGGAGGAUCGAAACUUGUUCUUCGCGGCCCAGAAGCUUUUUGGUCUUCUCAUCACCCUUGGUGAGGCCUUUGCCUAUGUCGUCAGUGGAAUGUAUGGAGAUCCGCGAGCGCUUGGAAUGGGCAUGAGCUCUUUGAUCAUUGCGCAGCUUUUCUUUGCAGGAGUCAUAGCGAUUCUGUUAGAUGAGCUGUUGCAGAAGGGCUACGGCCUCGGCUCGGGUAUUUCCUUGUUCAUUGCCACCAACAUUUGCGAAACCAUCGUGUGGAAGGCCUUUAGCCCCACCACCAUCAACACCGGGAAGGGUACAGAGUUCGAGGGCGCCAUAGUUGCCCUGUUCCAUAUCAUGAUCUCCCGGCCAGACAAGAAGAUGGCACUUUCUGAAGCCUUCUUCCGACAAACUGCACCAAACCUCACAAACCUCAUUGCAACGCUUUUCGUUUUUUUCAUAGUGAUCUACUUUCAAGGUUUUCAGGUGGAUCUCUCUUGCAAGUUCCACAAGAUCCGCGGCCAUCGUGGCAUCUACCCUGUCCGACUCUUCUACACCUCAAACAUCUCCAUCAUCCUUCAAACUGCUGCCAGCUCAGCCACUGCUGCACUUGUCUCCAACCUCUACUUUUUCUCUCAGCUGCUUUACCGACGGUUUAAGUCGAACAUGCUGGUGAACCUGCUGGGACAGUGGCAAGACAUGGAUUACGGUGGGGAGUCCAUUCCAAUUGGAGGACUGGCGUACUACAUCUCACCGCCUAGCGGCUUCUCCAACAUCAUGGACGAUCCUCUCCAUGCCUUUUGCUACAUCCUCUUUGUGUGUCUUGGAUGUGUGAUCAAUGUGGACAAGAUGAAUGCAUUGAUAUAA